AGAGACUGAGGGAGAGACACACACACAGAGAAAGAGAGAUUAGCGGCAGCUCAAAGCUGGGGGGCUGCCCUUCUACCCAUUAGUGAGCCGGAGGGUGAGGAUUUCUAGCCCUUCCUGCAAUUCAAGGAGGACACCCAGCACAAACAGCUCGGCUUUCAACACUGACACACACUGAACAGCACAGACACACACGCGCACACACGAGUGUGCGAGGCACAGCGAGAAGGGGAAACUUUUCGGAACGAGAGAGAGAGAAAAAAUCAAAACAACGCAGGGCCAUUGAGCCAACAUUGGAGGGGAUGACAGCGAAAGCGGUGGAAAAGAUCCCGCUGUCACUGGGCGGCCUCUUCCAUCAGAUACCCGACAACAUGUACUCGGUGGAUGAGCUCAGUUCGCUGCCCGCGUCCGUCACCAUCUUCCCCAACCAGGAGCUGGCCCCGUACGAGCAAAUGCCCUCAGACAUGAUUAAUGUGGACAUGAGCGGCGACAAGAGAGCGCUGGACCUACCCUACCCCAACAACUACCACCCAGCCUCUGGCCCUAGAGGACAGUCUUUCACCUACAUGGGCAAGUUCUCCAUUGACUCUCAAUGUACCGGAGCCAACUGGAGUCCAGAGGGCAUCAUCAACAUCGUGAGUGCUGGGAUUUUCGGCGUCCCUUCGUCUACCUCCUCCUCCGCCGCCUCUUCCUCCUCCUCCUCAUCCUCCUCCUCUUCCUCUGCCUCCCCGAACCCUCUCUCCAGCACCCUCAGUUGCACGAUGGCACAGAAUCCGAGCGAGAUGGAGCACAUGUACUCGCCUCCCCCUCCUUACAGCUGCGGGGAGAUCUACCAGGAGCCGGCUCCCUUCUUCAGCACCUCCAGCUGCUACCCUCCUCCCCCUCCACCACCACCCCCGAGUUACCCGUCCUCCAAGCCGGUGGUGGAGAACCCCCUGUUCCCCAUCCUGCCGGAGUACAGUAGCAUCUUCCAGGCUCAGCAUUCGCACAGGGACCUGAACCCGGGAGUGGAGCGCAAAUCUUUCUCCUGCCCCGGGGACAGUGUCAGGAUGGCUCCGGCUCUCACUCCCCUGUCCACCAUCAGGAACUUCACCCUGGGCAACCCGGUGGCAGAGGGGGCCAGGCUGCCGAGCGCUUACGGCGGACAGAACCUGCCCCUGCGACCCAUCCGGCUCCGCAAGUACCCGAACCGACCGAGCAAGACCCCGGUGCACGAGAGACCAUACCCGUGCCCUGCCGAGGGCUGCGACCGGCGCUUCUCUCGCUCGGACGAGCUGACCCGCCACAUCCGCAUCCACACCGGCCACAAACCGUUCCAGUGCCGCAUCUGCAUGCGGAACUUCAGCCGGAGCGACCACCUGACCACCCACAUCCGCACCCACACCGGCGAGAAACCCUUCUCCUGCGACUUCUGCGGCCGGAAAUUCGCCCGCAGCGACGAGCGCAAGAGGCACACCAAGAUCCACCUGCGGCAGAAGGAGAAGAGGCUGGCAGCGGAAAAGGCGCCCGGACCCGCAAUAAUAUCCACGGUGUGCUCCGGGGGCAGCCCGCUCGCCGGCUGUCCGCCCAGGACAGUGUGAACCAGUGAACACACACACACACACAGACACACAAGAGACAGAGUCACUCACUGACACUACCCGCAACGCGAAGAACUUUAAGGGAACGGCAUAUUUAUCGCAGAUUGCACCCACGUUUCCUGCAGCUCCGUGUUUACAGUCUGCACCCCAGCUUGGUCUGUAAAGAGCCUCCAAUAGCACCCCCUCCCCACCGCCAACAUCUCUUGUCAAACGUGGGAAAAGAGAAGCGAGUUGGUCACUUCUCAAAAUGUUUCCUGACAGUGUAGUGUUCCUGGUUUCAUUCACCAGUCAGGGUGCUGUAUAGAAAUCUAGAUCUCUUUUUCUCUUUAUAUAUAUAUAUAUAUAUGUGCGUGUGUGUGUAUACUGUGUUAAACUAACUCUCUCAUGCUCGCCCGAGACAAUCCCAGUUCAGAUGCAGCUCCGGUUGAGAAUAUUGCCGGGGUCAAGGGGGCGUGAGGUUAUGUGAGAGUUCUGCACAGGUGACGAAAGGGAAUGGUUUGUAAACAAUUCACUGAAUGUUUGAGAAAACUCGCUCCUGCACUUUGUGUUUAUAGGUCACGAAUGACUUCCAACAACGAGUUGGGAAAAAGAAAGUGACAAAUGACAUUUUUUUUUAAAAAAAAGCUCUCUAACCCUGUCAAAAGUAACCAGGAACGGGUCCACGUUGUGAAUGAGGAUGUAUGCGGCACGCUGUUGAUGUUUUAACUCUUUCUCUCUUACGUGGCAAGUCCCAGAGGAGAGAGAAAAAAAGAUGAGGGAGGGGGAUUAGAGAAAUUAGAUCUGAUCAGAGGUCAUUGAGAGGCAACUUUAUCCGGUGUUGGUUUAAUGGCAAUUGGAUGUUUUGUACUUUCGCAUUUAAACACUGCAUGCUGAGAUAUUUUGGUGCCUUGUUUAUUGUGGACGAUGUCUGCAUGUAAAUAUCCGGCCUUAAAUGACAGACCCUGGCAAUCCUGGAAUCGCCAAUGACCUCCACGAGCUGGCGAAGCUGUGCAGUUCCUGCCGAUUAAUCUGGAGAUUUUUAGAAAAUAUUUUUGUACGCGUUUUUGUGCUAAAUAUCUUCCCUUGUUUUACAUUUUGUAGCAAAGCUCUGUUGUAAGGAGUGUGAAUAAUUUUUAAUGUGGCUGAUGCUGACCUGUUUUGAUGGUUUAAUGUAUUGGUGUAAAACCACUAACUGGGUUUUUAAAGAUAAAGGGACCAUUCAGUCCUCUUAAAGAUG